UGGGGCGCGAAUACAUUUGCACGUUUUGUGUACCUACCGACGUGAACUCACACAGGCGGCGAACCGCGAAGCAAGACAAGGAAAAGCAGACGGUUGAAUCGGAUUGGGGCGCAAGCAAGCAAACUGGUUUGGUUUUGUAGGGCUUGCACCAUUGCACCGUUCUCUCGGCGACAGUCCAAUUUAUGCAUUACGCGGCUAUGUAGGCACUCUACGAUAUCAAAACUACGCUGUGCCCCGGACCAUACUAUCAUUGCAAUAUUGCAACACCAAAGUGCCUACGCGAAAUUACAAAACACUGGUGAAAUCAAACUUAAUAUCGGUUCGACGUCGAUAUAUUGUGAUUCUAUGCAAUUUUUGCGCGGAUCUACUCAAACUAAAAACAAUAAUUAAAAAUAAAUUAUCGCACGUCAAGGCAGUGGCUAAAUUUGAAAACCAUAUUAUAAUACAACGUGUUAACUAUAAUAACUCGGUAGUGUUCUCGUUAUAAAAUAAUUCAACACACCUCUAAUGACUAUGAGCGUUAAAUGUAUGAGUUUUAAAAAAAAUUAAUAUACUUGAUCAUUGUGCUUUGUAUUGAAAAUUGUUUCAUUUCGCAAAAUUAUAUUUCCAUCGGAAGAGCUAUGGCAGAGGGGAAUGGGGAAUUAAAAAUGGAGGAAAAGCAACCAAAGGACGGAAUGGAAUACAUCGAGAGAACGGAGGACUACGCGAAACUCGUACAGUACGGACUCGACGAGAAGGUGGCAGGAAAGCUGGACGAAAUUUACAAAACUGGAAAAUUGGCUCACGUAGACCUUGAUGAAAGAGCUCUGGAUGCCCUGAAAGAAUUUCCUGUAGACGGUGCAUUGAAUGUACUCACACAAUUUCUUGAGUCCAAUCUGGAGCACGUUUCGAACAAGUCCGCUUACCUAUGCGGUGUCAUGAAAACUUAUAGACAAAAGAGUCGCGCCGGUCAAGGAGCUGGGGCUAGCACAACUCCAAAAGCGCCCGAUGAGGACAAGAUCAAGAUGAUAUUAGAGAGGACUGGGUAUUCCUUAGAUGUUACAACUGGUCAAAGAAAGUACGGUGGUCCUCCCCCAGGUUGGGAGGGUCCCACACCAGGGAAUGGUUGUGAGGUGUUUUGUGGUAAAAUUCCAAAAGAUAUGUACGAGGAUGAAUUAAUUCCAUUGUUCGAGAAAUGUGGCAUGAUUUGGGAUUUGAGACUGAUGAUGGAUCCCAUGACUGGUUCCAACAGGGGAUAUGCAUUUAUCACGUUCACUAACAGGGAAGCUGCUCAACAGGCAGUUAGAGAGCUCGAUAAUCACGAAAUAAAACCCGGCAAGAGUCUGAAAGUAAACAUUAGUGUUCCUAAUCUACGACUUUUCGUGGGGAACAUACCAAAGUCAAAAGGCAAAGAGGAGAUCUCGGACGAAUUUGGUAAAUUAGCAGCUGGCCUGACAGAGGUGAUUAUCUACAGCUCACCGGAUGACAAGAAGAAGAACAGGGGAUUCUGCUUUCUGGAGUAUGAGUCUCAUAAAUCAGCCUCUCUUGCUAAGAGGAGAUUAGGCACUGGUCGUAUCAAGGUCUGGGGUUGUGACAUCAUAGUUGAUUGGGCUGAUCCUCAGGAAGAACCUGAUGAGCAAACCAUGUCCAAAGUACGAGUACUAUAUGUGAGGAAUCUAACACAAGAUUGCUCAGAAGAAAAACUGAAGGAAUCUUUUGAGCAAUUUGGAAAAAUUGAGAGGGUGAAAAAAAUCAAGGAUUAUGCCUUUAUACAUUUUGAAGAUAGGGAUAAUGCUGUUAAGGCAAUGCGCGAGUUAAAUGGAAAAGAAAUGGGUGGUUCCUACAUAGAAGUUUCACUAGCAAAACCACCGUCGGACAAAAAGAAAAAAGAAGAAAUCCUUCGAAAUAGAGAACGCAGAAUGCUGCAAAUGAUGCAAGUUCGCGGCGGAGGUUCCCCGUCUCAUACAAGUAUGAUGGGAGGUCCCAUGCAAGUUCGAGGCCCAGGUGGUCAAGGACUUCGAGGCGCUGGUGCUGGUAUACGUGGAGCCAUGGGUCGUGGCGAUUAUGCUGUCAAGGAGAUAGAUUAUGAUUACGACUAUUACGGUUAUGGGGAUUAUCGAGGUGGCUACAGUGAUCCAUAUUACGAUGACUAUUAUCGAUACGAAGAUUACUAUUUCGAUUACGCGCCGCCUCCGCCACCUGCCAGAGGGAGGGGCAGGCAGCCUCAACCGGCUGGUGGGCGUGGCGUAAUGCCACGUGGCAGGGUCGGUGGCUCCCAGGCCCGUGGCCCGGUCAGGGGGGGGCGCAACCCCGCAACCUCAGGGACCCGUGGGGCUCAGCGGCCAGCCGCUCGUGGGGGGGUCCGCGCCAAGGGAAGUUUACCAGGUGAGGAUGCAGGUAAGCGAAAAUUUGACGGGGGUCACCAGAACCAGGGGGAAUGUAAACGUCGCUUCCAGAGCAGCUGGGGAAACCAGCCCCUCGCCCAACAGCCAUUGGGGAAUUCGUACAGAUUGGCGAGUGUGAAUGGUGGUGGUGGCGGCGGCAGUGGCACUGGGUUUGGUGACAGGGGUACCACUGUUGGAGGUGCCUCCAACGAUGAUCAUCAAUGGUAUCAAGAUUCUUAUCAAUCCUGGAGCUAACUUCUACCAGUCUGUGAGUGAAUAAGCUAAUGAUAACGCAACCCAUCCGUACUAUUAUAUUAUUACCAACCAACUAUUUUAAAUGUAAUGAAACAACCAGCCGUCAAGGCCGCUGUGCUAUGCGCCACCACCAUUGUUCGUCGUUGUGAUUUUUAAGUACAGUGAUGUGCCACUGAGACUAUGUUACGCUGGAGUGACUACCCAACCACCCCGUACUAUUAUUAAAUUAAUUAUAUAACUAUUCUAAGUAACAUUACUAUUAGUACUACUGUUACUUCUACUGUUACUGCUGCUGCUGCUACAGCUACAGCUACUGCUACUGCUACCGCUACUGCUACUGCUACUGCUACUGCUACUAGAACUACAACUACGGCUAAGACUACGGCUGGGGCUACGGCUACGGCAACCACUACUAAUUACUUUUUAGCUACUGUUACUGUUACUACUACUACUGCUGCUGCUGCUGUUAUUGCUACUGCUACUGCUACUGCUACUGCUACUGCUACUGCUACUGCUACUGCUACUGCUACUUCUGCUUCUACUGUUAGGCCACCACUGCUACUGCUACUGCUACUGCUACUGCUACUGCUACUGCUACUGAUACUGCUACUGCUACUGCUACUGCUACUAACUACUAACUACCACCACAACUACAACCACCACUACCGAUACUUAUACUACUUCUACUGCUGCUGUUACUGCUACUACUACUGCUCCUACUACUGCUCCUACUAUUACUCCUACUAUUGCAUCGUCACAUUGUUUACUACUGCCAAACUAAGGAAAUGAGAGAGUAAUAGAAAAGAAGAACUGUCGGCGAUGUUGACAUUGGGAUUGUGAUGGCUCGUAUUAAGUAAAGUGGGACUCGUUGGAGCCUGCAAAUUAUUACGUGAUGCGUAGGUUCUAAGAUGAAGUAACAUUGAAGAGUGAACGAGAAGACGCGAUAGACGAACAGAGAGAAAGGUAGAGUGUGUCUGUGUGUGUAUGUGUGCGUGAUAGUGCGCCAAGCGCUGCUAGACCUUCUAUUGUUGGUCUAUAAUGUGUACAGUCAGUGAAACUAUUAUUAUUAAGGGUCAGGCAUAUUUGGUGAGAGGCAGAGAUUGUUAUGCACCAAUGGAGUAAUCCUUUGUCUAACGAUCUCUCCACAAGUUUUUUUAAUUAAGGUCACGUAAGGAAGUGAGAUUGCUAGAUUGCUAUAUAGUAUUGAAAGAAGUGGAGAUGAGACAGUCUAAAAAAAACCUCUUGUUCAUUAGGUCUUUCAAUUACAGUAUCCAGAAAAAUAUAUAAAAUACAUACGUCUAAAUUAUCUUAUAUUUAUUUGUUGUAAAUGCGUAUUUGCACCAAGGAAAGAAAAAAAAGGAUUAAAGUUUUUAUAAAAUAAACUAUUUAAUAAGGGAAGACGAGUACUAGAAAGUAUGAAUAAAGAGAAAUGAUUGAUAAAUAAGUUAUUAAAAAGAGUUAAACGUGUGAGAGAAUAUUAAGAAAGCCAUUUUUUUCGGAAUUUUCCGCAAAAUUCAAAUAUGUACGGUAGAGAAAAUCUGACUAUGGAAACGAAAACUUGAUGAUGACUUGAAACUCAAUUGAUAAUGGUAGUUACAGAUUGAAAAUAGAUUGAUAAAUGUACGCAGUGUAUACAAUGCAUGAAACACAUACAGCACACACUUUUGGGUGUUGACUUUGUUAUUAUUGUUAGCCUGUUAGUUAAUUGAUAAGAGUUGUAAGUGCGGGCUAUAGUCGGGUCGCUGUCCCUGGAGCCCAGACAACCCCCUUGUUCUGGAGAUAAAUCAAGAUGAAAUAGAAUCUAUUGAAACGUACAUAUUACCAGCACCCCCUGAACAAAGAAAUGAAACAAAAAAGGAUUAAAAAUGAUUGGAAAAAAAAAACAAAAAAAAAAUUAAAUAAACGAUACACAAUACACAAUUUCUUCACAAGGUACGAGUUUAUUAGCCCAUGGAAUCAUGAAUAAGUAAUUAGAAAAGAAAACCUCGGGGCUUCUCUACUAAAUGGGAGAAUGCAAACCAUUCUCUAAUCUAUACAAAAAUAAUACAAUUAUACUAUUCGACCUCACUGAUAUAAUCAUGAUAAAUGAGGUAUUGAAAUAUAAAUCACAAAUGCAAACCAAUAGUAAUAAAUAAAGUAAGGCUUGUAUCAUGGAUAACCAAUAUCACUUCUAAGUGAUGAAAUAAAAAAAGAAGUGAAAAAAACAGGAAAAAUGUCUGGAUAAAGGUUGAUUGCUCGCAACCCCCCUUAUUUAUGAGCAUCUUGUUAACUUUUAUUAAUGUUUUACGUAACUCUAACCCCCCUCCCCCCUCAUUGAUACACUGUUAUCGCAGUAGAGCGAUGAGGUGCUACAUUUAUUAUUGAUAAUAAUGAUAAUAAUAAUAAUAAUUAUAAUAUUAGAAAUAGUAAUAACAAUAAUAAUUACUGUGCCUCGGUAGACGUCUUUAUACGAUUAUAUUGUAAUGAGAGAAAAUCCCCUCUUCCAAAAAAUCUUGCGUAAAACAACACGAUGCUAAACUAGUUUACCUUCUAUCCUAUUUAUAAAAGCAUAAUAUUGAUGAUACAAUACUAUUAUUAUUAACAAUAUAUUAAGAAUGAUAUUGCUAAUUAUACUGACAAUGAGUGGAUUUUUACGACAUGAUGAAUGAUAACAUUUCACAUAUAAAUUUUUGGCCCGAGUCGAUUAAAAUUUUAUUCUAUACAUAAUGUAGCGUAAGAAAAAAAAAAAAGAAGAAUACACUCAAGAUGUGAUUACAGAUUGGUAUUUGACUAGGGCAAUGGGACCAUGACAC